UCACAAAAAAAAAAAAAAAAGAUGCAGGAGUAUUUGGUGACCGGAGGAACAGGUUUCAUUGCUUCCCACAUUGUUAAGUCUCUUCUCGAACUCGGGCACAUUGUAAGAACCACUGUAAGAGAUCCAGGAGAUGAAGGGAAAGUGGGUUUUCUGAAGGAAUUGAAGGGAGCGAAAGAAAGGCUUAAGAUUCUGAAAGCCGAUCUAACGGUUGAGGGAAGCUUUGAUGAGGCAGUGGACGGUGUAGAUGGAGUCUUCCACACGGCAUCUCCUGUUCUUGCUCCUCAUGACAACAUUCAGGCCACUUUGGUUGAUCCAAUCAUAAAGGGCACAACCAAUGUGCUGAAUUCCUGUUCAAAGGCCAAAGCCACUCUUAAAAGAGUUGUUCUAACUUCUUCUUGCACCGCAAUCCGAUACCGUUUCGACGCCACGCAAGCGUCCCCGCUCAACGAAUCUCACUGGAGUGAUCCCGAAUAUUGCAAACGCUUCAACCUUUGGUACGCAUAUGCGAAGACUCUAGGUGAGAAAGAGGCUUGGAGGAUCGCCGCCGAGAAAGGAUUAGAUUUGGUGGUUGUGAACCCUUCGUUCGUGGUCGGUCCAUUGCUCGGACCGAAACCCACAAGUACCCUUCUCAUGAUCCUCGCCAUUGUCAAAGGGCUUGCGGGCGAAUACCCGAAUUUCACGGUAGGGUUCGUGCACGUAGACGACGUAGUUGCAGCUCAUAUACUCGCCAUUGAAGAGCCUCGAGCAUCAGGGAGAAUCAUAUGUUCGAGCUCAGUGGCUCACUGGUCUGAGAUCGUCCCAAUGCUUAGAGCCAAAUAUCCGUCAUACCCAUUUGAGAACAAGUGCAGCAGCAAAGAAGGGAACGAUCAACCUCACAGUAUGGACACGGGGAAGAUACGAGAAUUGGGUUUUUCGUCAUCAUUCAAGUCACUGUCUGAGAUGUUCGAUGACUGUAUCAAGAGUUUCCAGGACAAAUCUCUUAUCUGAACUCACUUCCAUCAAACACCACGAAGAAUAAAUGGAGAUAUUCGCUGUUAUAUCGAACUUUGGUUAAACUUUAUAUAUAGAUCAUAUAACCUAUAGUUGGUUCUCAGUUCUGAAUUGAAAGAUCGCUGAAAUAA